AUGUUGUGUUCUCAGUUGGACUGUGUGAAAUCCAGCAGCGGGUGGCCUUCAUCGCAGCUCUUGUUGCUGCAACAGCCGGGUUUUUUCCGUAAUGCUCAGCAUCUGCAAUUACCUAUCGCAGUGUAUGCCAGUAGCGUACCGACGGAACUGGCGGAAACAUCGGUCAAGACUCGCUAUGAAGAAAUCGCUAUCAUUUGCUCUAACCCAUUCAUCCCCAAGGCACUUUCCCUCUGA